GAUAAGGCCAGAGACAUACUGAGCGAGAAGCUGAGCAGCUGGCAGGACCAGUGCAAGGAUGCCACCAACAUUCCCGAGAGCGUGCUGGCUAUGAUUGAGGGGCUGCGCGUGCCAGUGUCCAUCACACCCAUGCCGUCGCCCUCGCCGUCACGACACAGCGUGAACAUCCAUCCUCCAGCUCCAGCUCAGAAGGCUCACACCAGCCCUUUGGCUAACAUGUUCACCCAGGACAACACCAACAGCAUCACCACCUCUGCCAACAGCAAUGCAGACCAUGCGAACAGCGAGGAUAACGGUCUGGGCAGGUCUGUGUCUGUGGCCACAGGGCUGAACAACAUGGUGAAGAGGCCUCGCGUGCGCACCAUCUUCCCCCACACAGCGGGGAACAACAGCACGCUCAUCAGCUUCGACGAGGGCGAAAUCAUUACCCUGCUCAUCCCCAAUGAAAGAGACGGGUGGAUGUACGGAGAACUGGAAAAGAACGGAAAGUAAGUGUUUGUGGCUCCU